AUGGCAAUAUUCUUCGCUCUUGUUAUGUCAAUGACUGUCGUAAGGUCGGUAUCGAGGAUGACGGGUUGUUCAGGUACUUCGACUGAGUCAGUUCUGGGGCGCAUCUGUCAGCACGAAGAGAUGUGUUGCAAGAGGAUACGGACAUGCCGUAGAGGGAGAGGGGGAGGGGAAGGGCAUGUCGGGUCCAUAACGAAGAGAAGUCUGCCAGAACAAAUGUUGGCUUGUUACUGCAUCACAAUGAAAUCUUGA